AUGGCGCCUAUUACCCUGCGUUGGCGAGUGAAAAUAAAUAGGUGCAAAGGCACUGCGGGUGUGCAUUACAUUAAUAUCGAUGUUCUAGAUGAUUACAUGUGUCUUGAUACCAAGAAGACCAAUGGCCUAGCUCCUGUUGCGUCUGAGGUUAGUGCAAACCUUCGACACCACAGCGCCAUAAAAGCUGCGGAGGCUGGGAAGUCCACCCACCGUCGAUAUGCUCACAUACGCACUCGUGAAGCCUUGAAGCUUGAAGAGGACCUUGAAGCAUCCUUCGCGUGGGCACCUUCACUCUCGGCCAAGCCUCGUGAUGCAGAUGACGACCUUCUCGCUGGUGCAGAGAGUAUCUCGCCUGAUGAAAUUACUGCUGAAUCUGCGGUUCUCGAAGAGUUGAAGAAGAUUGAAGAAGUUCAAAAUAUUAACAAAGUUGAAGUGCUGGAGGAAAAUGCUUUUGAUUUUUUUCAACGAGGAAUAAUACCACAGGCUAUUUUAGAUGAGGCUCAACGAGAUGUUUUACUAGGUGCUGGCUCUUUCAACCCGCUUCGAGGACUGGCAGGUCAAAUCAGGAUCCUAAGGCGCGUAGUGUCACAACCCAAGUUCUUGCAACAAUCAACAUCUGUGUCGCAAGGUUCGCCCACGUUCGAACAUGCGCUAACAAACAUAGAUGCUGCCAAAGCAACAACAACGGCGAGGAAGGAGAAGCGCAUUUUCUGUACGAGGUGA